UAAAGCGAUUUUCCUCUUUACAAAACCCGAGAUAUUUAAACAUGUUCAAGAGUCCUAUUUAAUGAUUCUCUUCGUAAGUUUGUGAACAGAGAGAUCUUCACAAUGGGAGCUGAGGAAGCCGAUGAAAUCUCUGAGAAAAGGAAGAAAUCCCCGGAAGAGAAGAAAUCAAAAUCAGGGAAACGAAAAUCAACAAAGGAUGUUAAGAAUAAAUCCACUAAAGAAGGCUCAAGUGUGAAGAAAGAGGAAAGAAACGGGGAGGAUUUAAAAAUUGCCCCCAAAAGGUCUGCAGAUGAUCGGCGGGGAUCAGACUUAUCAGUUUCCAGAAGAUCUCCACAUCGUGUCGGCGGCAGAGAUUCGGAUCGUAACGGUAAAGAUUCACACCGUGGCGGUCGAUCUCCACUGCGUAGCGGAAGAUCACCUUAUCGUGGCGGUGGAUUUUCACAUCGUGGCGAAAGAUCUUCACAUCGUGGCGGAAGAUCGCCGCCAAGAAAGAUGGCUCGUCAUUCUCCACCACGAUUCAGAGGAUCCGGUCGCGGGAGAGGACGGGGACGUUUUUCCCCGCCUGGCCGUCGCAGAUCCCCCGGCCGAGGCCACCCAACAGAUAGAUACAGAGGCUCUCCUCCAAGAUUUAGAGGAUAUUCACCUCCUAGACGUGGUGGGUAUAGAGGUCGUGGUGAUGGUUUUUCUCGAAGAUCACCUCCGGCUCGGAGACCUUCGCCAGUAAAGUAUUUUGGACAUCCAGGCGACAGACGGGGAUCGCCUCCUAGACAUAGAUAUUCGCCAGGGCGAGGAGGAUACUCGCCUCCGAGGUCCAGGUAUUCGCCUGAUCGCCUUCAUCCCUCAUCAGGACGGUAUCCGGCAGCUAGAGGCUCCAGGGAAGAUCUUGGAUCCAGGGGUCAUUCUGAUCUUCUCCAUAAAUCUGACAGACCAGACCUACGUAAAGAAUCCCGGUACACAGAUCAGUUUAGGAAAGAACUAGUAGCUGACCGACCCAGCUCCUAUGAUAGAUCUAGGAGACACUCCUCUCCACUCAGAAAACCAGAAUCCUUGCCUCGUAGAGGAGUAAAUUCGCCCCCUAUACAAACUGGUUCGCCUCUAAGGCGAGCUGAUUCGCCGUUAAGGAGAUCAGACUCGCCGCUGAGGCGGCCAGACAGUCCGCAAAUAAGAUCUGAUUCUCUAUCGCGGCGGGAUGAGUCUCCGCCACAAAGAUUACUGUCUCCUAAACGGGAUCCGAUUUCUCCACUUCCUCCGCCCAAGUUUAUAGAUUCCUUUGGUCCUGUUCCUAGAAGUGUAAGGAUGGACGUUGAAGCUCGAAACUCGAGGGCGAAGGAAGAACGAUUAAAAGAUUUAUCCUCGAGAACAAAAUCGGUAGAUACGAGGCGGGAACCGGGUUCCCUGAAACCAAAGAAGACCAAGGCAAUCAAGAAGGAACCCAAAGAACCAAAGGAACGAACCAAAAAGAAGACGAAAAUUGAAACUUUGGAACUGCCUCCUUUAUCGUUCCAACAAACUGUUACAUCCACCUUGGGAACAUUGGAACCUAGUAAUACAAGGUUUUACGAGGACAGAAAACGUGAACUCUCUCCAUCUCCAGUUAGGAAAUUAUCUCCCUGGCUCCAGGCUCAUAUCGAGGGAUCCUACCGAGCUCCAGUUACUCAAGUCAACAGUGUUUUCAGAUCUGGGAGCUUGGGUCCUAUAGAGGAAAAGGAACUAAGAAAGAUACAGAUAGACAUAAGACGGAAUAUUCCGGAACACAAGGUGGACAAGGUUGGAGUUAUACAACGAGGACUGGGAAACGGAAAGCUUUAUAUCCCGCGUGGAAAACAGGAAGGAUUGGAGCCCAUAUUCCUGAACCUGAAGAUGAACGAACUAGAACCUGAGAAACCAAGAGAACAGAAAAUUAACUUUAUCCCAGCUCCACUUGAUAAAUAUGAACAGAAGUUAAAGGAGCUGGAGGCACGCCAGAAUAUUGGGAGCAGUUGGGAGGAAUCAAGUACUUGGGAGCAGGAUCAACAUCCAGAUUUGAGCAGAGACCUGAAUAGAGAUCGGAGCAGGGAACAGGAACGGGAUAGGAGCAGGGAGCAAGAACAUGGAAGAAUUAGGGAGCAGGAGCCGAUCAGGGAUCACAGAAGGGAUUGGGAGCAUAGUUCACAAGUUAUGGGCACUGGAGAAGAGGAGAGAGAGAGAAGAAUAGAGAAUGAAGAUGAAUGGAGAAGGAGAGAAGAAGGAAGAGGAGGAAGGAGAGAUGAGGAUUACAAAAGGAUGGAAACUGAAAGGGGAAGGAGAGAAGGUGUGAAAGAAAGGAAAGCUGACGAAAGGGGAAGGAGAGAUGAUGAUAGAUUUAGGAGAGGUGAGGAAAGAGGUAGGAGAGAUGAUAAAAGAGUAAGAAGAGAUGAGGAUAGAGGAAGAAAUGAGGAUGGACGAAGAAAUGAGGAUGGACGGGUUCAUGAAGAUGUAAGAGGACGACGAGAUGAUAAGAGAUAUGGCGUUGAUGAGAGGGAAGUAGACAGACACAGAGGAUCAAGUGGAGAUAAGGGAAUGGGUGAGAGAAGACCUAGAUCAAAUCUGGAUGAGAAAAUGGAUAAUAGAAGACCAAGGAUGAAUGAGGAUGAGGGAAUGGGUGACUGGAAUGAGAAUGAUAAAAUCAGUGUUGACAAAGAACUGUUAUCUUUCUCUUCAUACCCUAGCAGGAUACAGGGUAUAACACAGGAGAAGCAGCUGCAAACUAUAGAGAUACAGGAUGAAGAUAUUAGGUCUAUAGAGGUACUAGUUGCAGAGAAAAUAGCAAAGAUGCUGCCUAAGACAGAUCUUCAACCAGUUAGGAUAAAAGACACAGAGCCCUCAGCAAACAUGAUGUGUAACACAGAUGUCAAACCAGUUAGGAUAAAAGACACAGAGUUAUCAGCAAACAUGAUGCAUGAGAUAGAUGUUAAACCAAUAAGGAAAAAAGACUCAGAGAUAUCAGCACACAUGAUGCAGGAUACAGAUAUUCAAGUAAUCAGGAUACACAAUGAAGAGAUACCAGCAAAAAUCAACGAUGAUAAAGAUAUUCAACCUAGCAGAGUACAAUGUGAAGAUAUAUCUGAAACAGAUUCAGAAACAGAUACUGAAACAGAUACUGAACCAUACCCAAUGCAAGACAAGGAUACUCAUCUUUUUACUGAACAGGAUUUAGAUUUAGAAUAUUUUAAUUUCUGGGGAAUAAAUAAUGUUCAGAUCACAAUAAAUGAAGACAAUGAAAGGUUAGUAAUGAGUUGUAUUGUUCCUUCAGCUUCUGAGAAUGCAGCAAACAUUUCAUUUUUAAAACAGUCGGAAUCAGUUCAUGAAUCUGAAUCUGGAAUUAUUUGUGAAUCUGGGGCUGUAACAUAUCCAGGAACUGAAUUGAACUACAAAGAUGCAUUUAAUAAUAAGGAUGGUUUUCCAAAAGCUGACUUUGAAAACAGAGAGGUAUCUCAAACCGGAUAUUUCAGAGGUUCAAGUGAAGUGAAGGAACCUGGAGUUAAAACAGAACCCAUUGUGACAGAACCCACAUCUGUAAUAGAACAUGUGGCAAUGACAGACCCAGGUCCUACAGCUAUAACAGAUCCUGUAAUUGUUAUAGAACCUAUAACCAUAAAAGAACCAUUGGUUGCAAUAAAUCCCAUCUCUGUAACCAAACCUCUAGCUGUGACAAAACCCAUUUCUAUGAUAGAACCCAUGACUGUGAUAAAACCAGUGAUCGAGAUCGAACCAACAGCUGUAAUAGAACCCGUUGAUGUGAUAAAGCCCACAGCUGUAAUAGAACCCAUUGCUGUGAUGAAGCCCACAGCUGUAAUAGAACCUGUGGCUCUACUAUCCCUCGUGGAUAUGAUUGAAACCGCACCUGUGAUAAAACCCAGUCCUCAAAACAAAAUAUUUAUUUUAGAACCUAGGACUAUUCCUAAACCCAAGGCUUUAGUUCAAUCUCAAAGUGUAAUCAAUUCUAGAAAUUUGAGUCUAGCAAAAACUAUUAUGGAGCCAGAAAUUCCAAUUCCACUCAGUGAUUCACUUAAAACUAGUUCUACUGUUAAUCUUGAUGGCUUUAAUGAUUGCAUAGCGGAUAAUAAAUCUGUUGGUGAAGAUGAACGAAAAUCACAAAAUGAACCCUAUGAACCUAAAGCUAGUGCUGUUACUGAGUCCAAAGCUGUGAUUGAUCCUAAAGUAGUUAAUGGAACCAGCAAUGAGAUUGAAGUUAACAUUUCUAGAGACGCCAAAGCUUUAGAUAACCCUAACUUUCUUAUUGAAUCUAACACUAUAAAUGAAGUUAAUUCACUUAAUGAUAAUAGAACUGUGAUUAAACAUAACACUGUUUCAGAUCCUGAAGUCUUUUCUGAUCUCAAACCGGAAUAUAAUACAAUUCAGAUUAAAGAUCAUGAUGUUACAAUCCACCCUUGUCUUCAAUCUGAAACUGAAAAUGUAUCGAAACAAGAACUUGAACCCUCUGUAUCUGCUGGCUACAUAAAUGAACCUGUGCUGUUAUCUGAUCCCACACUUGAAACUAAUAUUUUAUCUCUAUCAAAAAAGGAAAUAAUAAACGAUUCUCAAGUUGAGUGUGUUACUUCCAGAAUUGAGCUCUUUUGUAAAGGUGAAAUAAGAACUUUUUCCCAAACCAAAUUGCUUAACCCCUUGCAUAACUUAUCUGCCACUGCCAAUGUUGUGGAUUCAAAGUUUAAUGAUUCAAUGACUAAUAAAUCGCCAAGCAAAAUUUCACCCGAAGAACCUAUUGAGGAAGAAAUCCUGGUUUCCAAACAUAAAGGUAAAGAAAAUAUUACACCUGCUACUGCAAAAGAUACAAAUUCAGAUACUGAGUCUGAAACAGAUUCAGAUAUUGACUCCGAAACAGAGAUGGAUAAUGUUGAAUCAAUUAUACCAGUUAAAUGCACAAGUCUUCUGAGGACAGCUAAUACAGUUGCUUUAUCAAAACCAGUCAAAGACGUAGAACCUGUUUGCAUUGAUCUUACUGAUGAUGCAAUUGAGUGUGAAGAGUAUAGACGAGGAAAUUGUAGAAGAAGUUACUGCAAGUUUUUGCAUAAACCAACAAGAACAAGCAGAAUAAUUCCAAGGCCUUCAAUGUCCACUGGGUUUAGAAAGAAAAAAAAGGCGAUUGAUGAUGAUGUAAUUCUAAUCCUGCCUUAGUAACAAAUCAACUCACAGUGCAUGAAAACUAGUUUUAAUUCAUUUAAAAAUAAUUCAGAGACAGAUAAAAUAAACAUCCAAAGAAAGAACUAGAUUAGUUUCAGGGCAUUCCCUGAAGAAUUCUCAACUCUUAUCAGUAAAGGUAGUUCAACAAGAAAAACUUGCACAAAUCUUUUUGAAAAUCAGUUUUAGAAGGAUUAAAGAUAUUUUAUCAAGAACAACUGAUCACAGCAAAGAAAAACUUAUGGAGCUCACCAUCAGAAACAGCCAGAUAGUAAAUACAAUCAUAACAUAAUAACUUUCUUCAGAAGACGCCUGGAAUAUUUCUAACAUCAAGAGUUUGUCAAAUAACAAAACAUUUAUCUUGAAAUGAAGGUCCAAUGCUAGUAUUCGGUAUUUUGACAAGUGUUUCAGUUAUCAUCCGGAUUGAUUUGUCUAGAAACCUAAAUUCUUGGCCAGUUCAUUAUAGGUUGAACCUCACUGCGCGGACCAUUUGUUUGGUUUGAAAACAUGGCUGUCAAGUGUCAACUAUGUCAAUCUGUUGAAUCUGGAAACCUGAACUAGAUAGAAAAGUUUAAAUUGCAUAUGAGAUCAGAAAAGAUUAUUGUUAGGUACCCAUCAGCCAAGUUCAGGAGGUCUGAAGAACCAAGGGGUAGAAGGUCCCCAGCUGUCUUUCUUAGCCAAGAGUUCCCUCAGGAUGUUCUCUUCAAACCAGAGAAGG